AUGACAGUGUUGAAUCACGAAAACGAUAAGCAACGACAACAGAAUUCUAAUUUAAGUCAGCAAUUAGAAAUAUGUCAAGUUCAAAUACAACAACAAAAAAUACAUUUUGACCAACAACUGCAGAAACCUCUUUCUACUCUAUCAACUACGAAUGAUGAAUUAACUGGUCAAAUUAACAAUUUUAAAGAAGAAAUAAAUGAUUUAAAACAAGAAAAUGGCCAAUUGAAAGAAGAGAUAAAUAAAUUAAAACAAGAAAAUGAUUGUUUUGAAGAAGAAAUAAAUACUGUAAAACAAGAAUAUUACGACAUAAAACAAGAAUAUCGUCAUUUAGAACAAGAAAACCGUAGUUUAAGACAAGAAAAUGAUCAUUUUGCAGAAGAAAAUAAUCGCUUGAAAAAUAUUUGA